GCAAAGAAAAAGGAAAAUCCAUCAGGUUCUCCAAUUGUUGUCUUUGUCAUCUCUCACCAAUAACAUUCUUUCUCCCAACAAUUUCAGUAUAUCAGAAAUUCUUGAUCUUGAACAAGUUCAGAAUUUCCUCUGUUUUUCUGUGUUGUGGGAAUUUCUGAGUGUUUGGGAGAGAAGAAAGAGAUGGCACGGAGGUACUGUUACAAGGAUGUGCUGCCCUUCACAGCUCUGGUGACCAUGGAGUGUGCAAAUGUUGGGUUGAACACUCUGUUCAAGGCUGCUAGUAUGAAGGGGAUGAGCAACCAAAUCUUCAUAGUUUAUUCUUAUGGCAUAGCUGCUCUUCUUCUCCUCCCUGCUCCCUUCUUCUCCUUCAGAUCAAGAGCACUUCCUCCACUCAGCACCUCCAUCAUCUGUAAAAUUGGCCUUCUUGGGCUAAUUGGGAGUACAUCUCAGAUCAUGGGUUAUACAGGAAUCAAAUUCAGCUCCCCUGCUCUUGCUUCUGCCAUCAGCAACCUCACCCCAGCUUUCACUUUCAUUCUUGCCAUCAUUUUCCGGAUGGAGAAGAUGGCAUUGAAACGAGCAAGCAGCAAGGCUAAAGUUAUUGGCACCAUUGUAUCAAUAACAGGUGCAUUUGUAGUGACUCUCUACCAAGGACCACCAAUUGUUCUAGAAUCAACACCAACAAAAUUAUCUGGGAGUUUUGGUGCUCUUCAGUCUGGAAAAUCAAAUUGGGUUAUUGGUGGCAUUUUUCUGUCCGUAGAGUAUAUCCUGACUCCAUUAUGGUACAUAGUUCAGACACAAAUCAUAAAGGAGUAUCCAGCAGAACUAACAGUAGUCUUCUUUUAUAACUUAUGUGUGAGCUUUAUAUCUGCAAUUGUUGGUUUGUUCACGGAAAGAGACCCCAGUGCUUGGAGAAUAAGGCCGGGUAUAGCAUUGGCCUCAAUUUUGUGCUCGGGAAUGUUUGGCUCAUGCUUGAAUCUUACUGUACAUACGUGGGCUUUGCACAUGAAGGGACCAGUGUAUGUAACAAUGUUCAAGCCAUUGUCAAUUGCCAUUGCUGUUGCAAUGGGUGUUAUGUUCCUGGGUGAUACUCUCCAUCUUGGAAGUCUUAUUGGAGCAAUGAUAAUCUCGAUUGGAUUCUAUACAUUGAUGUGGGGAAAAAGUAGGGAAGAGAUGGAUGAAGACUGCGGAGCGGGUAGCCUAGUGGCUCCCCCUUCCCACAAGGUGCCUUUGUUGCAAAGCUAUAAAAAUGAGCAGGUGUAGAGCAAAUUCACGCUUAUACAUCGAAGACUUGUAUAUAUUGCCUACUUCUCAGUUGCAAUCCAAAAAGAACAAAAAUCAGCUGUUAGAGCAUAGAAGUCUAUCUCAUCUCAUCUCAUCUCAGUAGACUUGUAUCAUUUUCCGCCCUUAAUUGACCCAAAUCUCAUCUCAUCUUCAUACAAUGGAAAUGUCAUAUAUGGGUGAAGCUCUGGACUGGGUGAGUUAUCUUCUACACAUCCCCCUUAACCUUCUCUCAAGUUUUGAGAUCAUCAGACAUAGCAGAAGAUAUACAAUGUGUUGUUAUAAUAUCUGAAGUAGCUGCCCUGGCAGUCUUUGUUUGUAAUACCACCAUCUACAAAGCAUAGUUCUAAAUCGGCAAAAAUGUGCAUGUGCAAGAAAAUGAGAGAGAGACU